CUUCCUUCACCUCCGCUCUAAACCCUUGCAAAAACCCUCCACACUUCGCAUUCCAUUCCCCUCAACGCACGCCCAAGCUUCCUACCAACAUGCCUACAAGAGACUCUCUUGUUCCCCUUCUCUCUACCUCUCAGUAGUCCGUUCUCACGAUUGGAUUUGAGGGUUUGUGGCGGAUAAAGGAGGAUUGGAGAUGGGUUUCUUGAGUUUCUUGUUGGGUUUCUUCGGGUUUGGAUCUGGGGUGGUCAUUGGUUUGGUCAUCGGUUACUACCUCUUCAUCUAUUUGCAGUUUGAUGAUCACAAGGAUGUGAAGAUCCGGCCGUUUGUGGAAUUUGAUUCGGAAACCCUGGAGCGAAUACUGCCUGAGAUUCCUCUUUGGGUGAAAAAUCCUGACUAUGAUCGAGCUGAUUGGAUGAAUCAAUUCCUGCUAAUGAUGUGGCCUAAUCUAAAUACGGCAAUUUGCAGAAUGGCAAAAGAAAUUGCAAAGCCUAUCAUUGAUGAGAACACUCAAAAGUAUAAACUUGAGUCGGUUGAAUUUAAAACUUUUACAUUAGGUUCUUUACCGCCAACUAUUCAAGGAAUGAAAGUGUACAUUACUGAUGAGAAUCAAUUGAUUAUGGAACCAUUUCUAAAGUGGGCUGGAAAUGCAAACGUCACUGCUAUUGUUAAGGCAUUUGGAUUGAAAGCAACUGUUCAGGUGGUUGACCUGCAAAUCUUUGCCUCGCCAAGAAUUACUUUGAUGCCAUUGGUCCCCAACUUUCCUUGUUUUGCAAAUAUUUUCGUCUCUCUCAUGGAAAAGCCACAUGUUGAUUUUGGAUUAAAGCUUUUUGGAGCAGACAUUAUGUCAAUUCCUGGUCUUUACAGAUUUGUUCAGGAAACCAUUAAGAGCCAGAUUGCGAGCUUGUAUCUAUGGCCAAGAACACUAGACGUGCAAAUUUUGGAUCCUUCAAAAGCCCGGAAGAAGCCUGUUGGCAUUCUGCACGUGAAGGUUCUCAGGGCACAACAACUCAGAAGGAAAGAUUUUAUGGGUAAAUCAGACCCUUAUGUGAAGCUAAAGCUUACAGAAGACAAGCAUCUGUCAAAGAAAACAUCUGUGAAGAAAAAUAACCUUAAUCCUGAAUGGAAUGAGGAAUUCAAGUUGGUUGUAAAAGAUCCAGGAACUCAGGCAUUGGAACUUAAUGUGUACGACUGGGAACAGGUUGGUCAACAUGAGAAGAUGGGCAUGAAUUUAAUUCCAUUGAGAGAUCUUGUGCCCGAUAAACCAAAAUUAUUCACACUUGAUCUGCUUAAAACAAUGGAUCCAAAUGAUCCUCAAAAUCAGAAGCUACGUGGACAACUUUUUGUAGAGGUGACUUAUAAACCCUUCAGUGAGGACAGUGAUGCUGUUGAUAAGGCUCCUGCCGGUACUCUAUCGGGUGGUGGUUUGCUUGUUGUUAUAGUUCAUGAAGCUCAAGAUCUUGAGGGAAAGCAUCACACAAAUCCAUAUGUGCAGAUCCUUUUCAGAGGAGACACAAAGAAAACCAAGCAUAUUAAGAAAAACAGGAAUCCUAGGUGGGAGGAAGAAUUUCAAUUUGAGUGUGAAGAGCCGCCUCUUAAUGAUAAAAUACGUGUUGAGGUUCAUAGUAAACGGUCAACCAUUGGCAUACACUCUGAGGAGAGCCUCGGUUAUGUCGUAAUCUCCCUUGCGGAUGUGAUCAGCAACAGGAGAAUCAAUGAGAAAUAUCAUCUCAUUGAUUCCAAAAGGGGCAGGAUUCAGAUUGAGCUGGAGUGGAGAACUUCAUAGAAUUCAAUGGUACAGAAGUAUACACAUUAUAUAUAUGCACAACCUCUGAUCUCUCAUCACAGACGAAGCUCCUUGCCCUUUGCCUUAAUCACCAGUUGUUGAUCCAUUACAUGUACUCUAAAGUUUAAACAGGAUUUGAGAGUAUCCUUUAAUUUUUUUUUUUUUUCCUUUUCAUAUAAUUGUGUUCUUGUAUACAGACUAUUUCUUUUCUCCCAACAUAAUGCAAAAUUUAGUAUGCAUCA